CUUGAAAUCCUUACUGUUUGACCGACUCAUGUCAAAUUCUAAUUAUUCUUUACUUUUAAACUUUCUAUUUGAAAAUAAAAAAUAGUGAAAGAAAAGAGAUGACUGCAAUUCGCCAUUUGCACAUCACUUAUUUGGGAAUAAAACCAUAGAAAUUCAAAAGGAACUGAAAAUGUUUAGGAUCGUUUUAAUGUUUAAAAUAACCAAAUAGAUCUUUCUGUUUAGUUUUUUACUAACAAAUACCAAAUGAUUCCCUAUAAAAUACACUAUAAUUUGAUCAUUAUGAUAUCAAAUAAUUAUAUGAUAUAUAUUUGAAAUGAUUAAAAUUGGACUAAUUGGGUUGGUCGAGGUUGAACCAUUGAAUAACUUUAAAAUAAAUUAUAUUUUAGCCACUAAGAUAUACAAUAAUAGCAUAAUAUAUAUUAUGCCAGAGAAAAUAUCUUGUUUUAGAAUGUCAAACCAAUGAUGUUCAUUUGUUUUACUUGACGGUCAAAUCCCGUGUAGGUCAGACCUAUUCAACUCCUUUAUUAGUUAGCCCAUUAAAUACAAUGCAUUAGUUUAUUGUUAAUUUUUUUAUUUUUAGCAAUAAAAAGAAGUAUUGUUUUUUCCUUUUCAUAUAUAUUUUAUCACCACGGAGAAAUAAAAGGGCUUAAAGAAAACAAUUGACAAUCCUGGACCCGUUUAAAUCCGCAUGUGUAAGGUAAGUUGGCCCGUUCCACAGAGGAAAGAGAAAACAAUUGACACUCUCUAUUCUACCCUUCCUACAAACGCUCCUGGAGCAGGGAAUUUGAAAUGGGGGAAGAGUUUUUUCUCCCUGCUCUUAUAUGUUUUUAAUUUAAAAAGAUACAACGAAUGUACUUAGUGUGAUUGGUUAUGAUCUUUGCUUUUCUUUAAAAUGAUCAUGGUUCGAAUCCUAGUACGUGUCUUUUUAAUGAAUAAAAAAAAGUAAUUGCGAAGACCAAAAUGUCCUUCCUACAUUCACUCUCGUUGCAGAAAAUUUGAAAUGGGGCUCCCGUUAUUCUCUUCGGCGUAUUAUAUUAUGUGUAGAUGAAGUUUAACUUACCCAAAUCUCCUUUUGGUCCCAAGCACAAAGUGUGUGGGCAUGAUGUGAGUUGCCUAAUUGCUAGCCCGGCCCAAAAACCCUCAACUAACUGGACCAAGGCCCAUUCGUACUCUCUUAUCUCUAUGCUCCCCUUUUUGCUUGAAGUUUCCAGUCCAUUGAUAAUGCUUCGUCUAUGGUGACAGACAACGACCUUAUCGUUGCUAAAAAACAUAUUUCUAUCACCAUUUCUUUAUUGGGUUAAUUGCAUGGUUGAUCACUCAGAUUACAAAAAACAUUCAUAUUUGGUAACUGAAAAUAUUUAAAUCCAAUCUUGGUCACUCAAAUUAGUUAAAUGGUUCAAGUUUGGUCACUCUCCGUCCAACUCCGUUAAAUUUGUCUGAUGUGGCAGUCAACCUUUAAAGUUGACCGUUAACUCAGUAACGUGACAAUUAAAAAAUAAUAAAUAAAAUAAAUUUUAAUCUUCUACCAUUUCCAACUCAUUUUCACAUCAAAGUAAAAUAAAAAAAAUAUUAUAAUUACAAAUUGAAAGGGGCAAGAAGCUGAAAGUCAUGAAAUCAGGAGCCUCCGUCUUCAACUUCCCUCAAUCUGGACCUUUCUACUUCAUCAGCGGCAACAAGAAGCAGUGCCUCGCCGGCCAGAAGCUCAUCAUCGUGGUCCUCGCCGUCCGAUCUCCCCCGGCGAUCCCGAAGACGCCAACAACGCCGUCGUCCCCUGCCCCUGCUCUGCCUCCGACCGCAUCCCAGUCGCCCAGCUCCGCCCCGGCAGGAACUCCCGAUUUGGCCCCACAGCCGUCCGGCGGUUCUUCUCCUCCUGCCAUCGCGCCAUCGCAGGGUGCUGCUGCUCCCGGUGGUUCUCCCGCCGGCGCUCCCUCAAACUCCCCUGCCACCGCGCCUUCACAGGGUACUGCUGCUCCCGGGAUUUCUCCCGCUGGCACCUCGAUUUCGCCUGCCGGACAGCCUGGUAGUUCCCCUCCUGGGCCGCCGGGUAGUGCUGACUAGACUUCCCCGCCAGAGGCGGCUAAGAAUUCUUCUUCUUCAUCGGCGGUGGCAGUGGUGGUCGCUAGGGAUGGGAAUUAGGAGCUGAUUUGGUUGCGGGGGAUGAAUGUAGUGGCGGAGCAAGAGCCCCUUUUCAAUUUUUAAUUAUAAUAUAUUUUUUUGUUUUAUUUAUUUUACUUUAUUGUGAAAAUGAGUUGGAAAUGGUAAAAGAUUACAAUUUAUUUUAUUUAUUAUUUUUUAAUUGCCACGUCACUGAGUUAACUGUCAACUUUGAGGGUUGACUGCCACAUCAGACAAAUUUAACAAAGUUGGACGGAGAGUGACCAAACUUGAACCAUUUAAUUAAUUUGAGUGACCAAG